CCGCCGCCGCCGCCGCCUCCGCCCGCCGCCCGCCGCCCGCCGCCCGGGCCGCGUCGGGUAAACCUGUUUGGCCAGGCGGCCGCGCCGGGGCGGAUCGUGCGGCCGGCGGCUCCCUCGCGGCUCGCGGCGUCGGGGCCCGUGGCGCGCGCGCGGCCGCCCCUCGGCCCCGGAGCCCCUUGGCGGCGCCACCAUGUACUCGGGAGCCGGCCCCGUGCUCACGCCUCCUGCGCCGCCGCCGCCCCCCAUCCAAGGAUAUGCCUUCAAGCCUCCACCCAGACCCGACUUCGGGACCUCCGGGAGAACCAUCAAGCUGCAGGCGAACUUCUUCGAAAUGGACAUUCCAAAAAUCGACAUCUAUCACUACGAAUUGGACAUCAAGCCGGAGAAGUGCCCGAGGAGAGUUAACAGGGAGAUCGUGGAGCACAUGGUCCAGCACUUUAAAGCGCAGAUCUUCGGGGAUCGGAAGCCAGUGUUUGACGGGAGGAAGAACCUCUACACGGCCAUGCCCCUCCCGAUCGGGAGGGAGAAGGUGGAGCUGGAGGUCACGCUGCCGGGAGAGGGGAAGGACCGCAUCUUCAAGGUGUCCAUCAAGUGGGUGUCCUGCGUGAGCCUGCAGGCGCUGCACGAUGCACUUUCGGGACGGCUGCCCAGCGUCCCCUUUGAGACGAUCCAGGCCCUCGACGUCGUCAUGAGGCACCUGCCGUCCAUGAGGUACACGCCCGUGGGCCGCUCCUUCUUCACCGCGUCUGAGGGCUGCUCCAACCCCCUGGGCGGGGGCCGAGAAGUGUGGUUCGGCUUCCAUCAGUCUGUCCGCCCUUCUCUUUGGAAAAUGAUGCUGAACAUUGAUGUCUCGGCAACUGCGUUUUACAAGGCACAGCCCGUAAUCGAGUUUGUUUGUGAAGUUUUGGAUUUUAAAAGUAUUGAAGAACAACAAAAACCUCUGACAGAUUCCCAAAGGGUCAAGUUUACCAAAGAAAUCAAAGGUCUGAAGGUGGAGAUCACGCACUGUGGGCAGAUGAAGAGGAAGUACCGCGUCUGCAACGUGACCCGGCGGCCCGCCAGCCACCAAACGUUCCCGCUGCAGCAGGAGAGCGGGCAGACGGUGGAGUGCACGGUGGCCCAGUACUUCAAGGACAGGCACAAGCUGGUGCUGCGCUACCCCCACCUCCCGUGUUUACAGGUCGGACAGGAGCAGAAACACACCUACCUUCCCCUGGAGGUCUGCAACAUCGUGGCCGGACAGAGAUGCAUAAAAAAGCUGACCGACAAUCAGACCUCAACCAUGAUCCGAGCGACCGCCCGGUCGGCGCCCGACCGGCAAGAAGAGAUUAGCAAACUGAUGAGGAGCGCAAGUUUCAACACAGACCCAUACGUCCGGGAGUUUGGAAUCAUGGUCAAAGACGAGAUGACAGACGUGACCGGGCGGGUCCUGCAGCCACCCUCCAUCCUCUACGGGGGCCGGAACAAAGCGAUCGCCACCCCGGUCCAGGGCGUCUGGGACAUGAGGAACAAGCAGUUUCACACGGGCAUCGAGAUCAAAGUGUGGGCCAUCGCCUGCUUCGCACCCCAGCGCCAGUGCACGGAGGUGCACCUGAAGUCCUUCACGGAGCAGCUCAGAAAGAUCUCAAGAGACGCCGGGAUGCCGAUCCAGGGCCAGCCGUGCUUCUGCAAGUACGCACAGGGCGCGGACAGUGUGGAGCCCAUGUUCCGGCACCUGAAGAACACCUACACCGGCCUGCAGCUGGUGGUGGUCAUCCUGCCUGGCAAAACCCCCGUCUACGCCGAGGUGAAGCGCGUGGGGGACACCGUGCUGGGCAUGGCCACGCAGUGCGUGCAGAUGAAGAACGUGCAGCGGACCACGCCACAGACGCUGUCCAACCUCUGCCUGAAGAUCAACGUCAAGCUGGGCGGCGUGAACAACAUCCUGCUGCCCCAGGGCAGGCCGCCUGUGUUCCAGCAGCCCGUCAUCUUUCUGGGGGCCGAUGUCACACACCCCCCAGCUGGGGACGGGAAGAAGCCUUCCAUCGCUGCUGUUGUGGGCAGCAUGGACGCCCACCCCAACCGCUACUGCGCCACGGUGCGGGUGCAGCAGCAUCGCCAGGAGAUCAUCCAGGACCUGGCCGCCAUGGUGCGCGAGCUGCUCAUCCAGUUCUACAAGUCCACGCGCUUCAAGCCCACUCGUAUCAUCUUCUACCGCGACGGCGUGUCCGAAGGGCAGUUUCAGCAGGUGCUGCACCACGAGCUGCUGGCCAUCCGCGAGGCGUGCAUCAAGCUGGAGAAGGACUACCAGCCAGGGAUCACGUUCAUCGUGGUUCAGAAGCGGCACCACACGCGGCUCUUCUGCACAGACAAGAACGAGCGGGUCGGGAAGAGCGGGAACAUCCCGGCGGGCACCACUGUGGACACGAAGAUCACCCACCCGACCGAGUUCGACUUCUACCUGUGCAGUCACGCUGGCAUCCAGGGAACAAGCAGGCCUUCCCACUAUCACGUGCUUUGGGAUGACAAUCGUUUCUCUUCCGAUGAGCUGCAGAUCCUCACCUACCAGCUGUGUCACACCUACGUGCGCUGCACACGCUCCGUGUCCAUCCCGGCGCCAGCCUACUACGCGCACCUGGUGGCCUUCCGGGCCAGGUACCACCUGGUGGACAAAGAACACGACAGUGCUGAAGGAAGCCAUACCUCUGGGCAGAGUAACGGGCGAGACCACCAGGCGCUGGCCAAGGCGGUCCAGGUCCAUCAGGACACGCUGCGCACCAUGUACUUUGCCUGACGUGCCGUGUUUACGAUCGUGUGCCCAGUCGGAUUCACACGAGACCAGCUACACUCAGACCAACCAACGCCCAGCCCUUCCGUGACAGCCAGCAUCCAACACGAGACGUCAUUGACUUGCAUAGACCCUCCAUCUCCCAGAAUGCCUUCUGCCCCGGACUCCACACUUGGAUUUGAGCUGCAGACCUGUAUGAGGCCCCUUGUCGUGGGAAGUGUGGUUUGCCAAAAUCUGUGAGCUGCUCCUUCACGUAGGACCCCACGUUCCCUAAAAAUCUCCUAAAAGCAGUCUAUGAACUCAGGGCUUUAAAACAUUUUUAAUUUAUUUGGUCAUUCGAUUUACUUGUUUUUAACACGAUUCUCUAUGAAAUUGAUGGUCUCAAACUAGCUGUGAACGUUCUCUGAGAGGGAAAGCAGCGCAAACGCAAUUGUGGUUUUAAAGCCUUGACCAGGUGUGAUGUCGUCACGAAAGCCUCUUUCACGGGGACGCUAGUGCCCCCAGCGUGGCACACGCAAGCUCCUCCGGACCCGAGGGCGGGGGCCGCGGCGUCUGGUCCCAUCCCGCCCGCCCGCCUCUCCCUGGGCUCCAGGGACAGCACGGGGGUGGCGGCGGUCACGUGCGUUUACAACAUUUCUAGGUCCAGAGAGAUUGGCAGACAAGUGCCAUUUUAAUAAAAAUUUAUUAAAAAAGAGAAAAAAGACAAUAUGCCGCCAGUCUAGUCAUAAGAUUUGUCCUUGAGGACUGUGAUGUUUAUUUUCCAAAGUUUUGAGGAAUACGGGUCUGUGGUGACACAUACAGUACAAUCCUUUUUCACUGUUACGUCUGUGACAUCAGAGAAGAAAUAUAUUAUCUGGUUUGCAGUAUUCACGUGGUAGCUAGACGCUGUUGUCCGUUUUAUUGGCUGUGGGGUGCUUCUCGUGGUCUGUGUAGCGCAUCAGCAGCGUCCGGAGACCGGAGGGCCUCGUGCGGGCACGUGCUGCUGACUCGCCGUGACCUCGGCCGGCGCCCCCUGUGGACUGUCGCCAGCAGCCUCUCGCCGCCCCGUUUGCCUCCCAGUCCUGCGCCUCGCUCAGCCGAUUAAGCACAAAUGGAAUGUACGCGUUCUUCCCCCUGGGAACGAGCCGAGCGCCUGAGCGCACUCCUCCGUGUUUCCUUCUCCGUGGCGGGGCGUCGGGCGGUGCACCGGACACAGAGAGAGCCGCAGGGGGUGGCCCGGAGGAUGGCGGGCGGAAGCCAGCGUCAGGGCCCAACCCCCGCUGGGAUCUGCCUUCCGGCCGGCGAGGAACCGUUGCACUAAGAGUGAGGUGCUGCGGGCCGCAUGACGGGGCCGCAGCAGGCAGCGCCGUCUGCACCAAGCGGGCGUUUUGUCCUCGCGGGCAGUCCCGUGAAGAGUCUGGUCUGUGUUUAUUGUGGAGACUCGAGGACGGGCUGCACCUUCCCCUGCUGCUUCUGCUGUCCCCACCGGCCCAACACUUACCUCUGGCGCUGCAGUGGACGAGGGUCCUGGCGGGCGUGCCUCUGCAAGAGGGGGGCACCCACCUGUCUCCUUGUCUGCGCUCUGAGGGGUGGGGGGCACUCAUGGACACAUGGCCCAGCUUGGCAGUGGUGACAGAGGGUGGCUGUUGUUUGUGAUGCUCUCUGCCCAGAGUGGUCGUGUAUGCGUCUUCGUAAUGGCAUUAGUCUCUUCUUGCUGUAUCUUUUUUUUUUUUUUUUGUCUAUUUUAAAUGACAGAAGCCUUUGCUCUGAGAAAUGUCGCAGUUCCGUGGUUUCAUUAGCAAGUGGCACUUUCUCCCGCGUUCAGAAGGACACCAGUACACUCCCGGCUUCAGUCCCUAGAAGCCUUCAAGGUGAGGAGGGGCCCGUCACUAACACACAUGAAUUAGGUCGGUGUGUCAGCCCCUCUGAAACCGUCUCAAACGAGUGUUUGUAGCACGUGUGACAGGAUCGUGGUGGGGGCAGAGCGGGGCUGGUGAAACGCAGGUUCCCAGGCCCUGCCGCGCACCUCCUCAUCCGGGGCCCUCUGGAGUCGGCUGCCUCGCGCAGGGCGGGCCACCAGGGGCAGCUCCUCGGUCCUCGGCAGCGAGGGAGGCCCUUCCUAAGCUAAAACCUAGAAAAGGUCGCAGGCUGGUAGAAAAUGAGACCUAAAUUUUUAAAAAAUUAUUUUGAAGGCUAAGUUUUCUUUCCCAUGGGCCAAACUACUUGGAGAAGGGUACUUUUUGUGGCCCUAUGCUUGUUUUGUAAAGCUUUUCACACUAAAGGCACGAACAGACCAUGCGUCUCCGCAGGUUGGCCACACGCCUCUGCGCAUCAGGUGACUCGGAAUUCGGAGGCUGCAGGUGCGCUCUCAGGUGACUCGCCGUUGCCCCAGAUUCCUACCAGUCUCCCGUUACGAGGGUGAACUCUGAGUUCCGAGAUGGUGUGAGGCCCCCCCACCCCCCGGUCUGCCCACGUGGCAGAGCCGUCCUGGCCGCGCGCGUGUGGAAGCCGGGAGGGGUCCCUUGCCGUCCUCCACCCAGGGCGACCUCAGGCCCAGGCCGAGAGGGCCCUGGCUUCUGGCUGGCUGUGCUCCCCACCCCACUCGCCCCCAGUUAGUAAGGUGUGCCUUCCUUGAAGCAAACUGAAUGUGAACAUGAAAUAAUGUAGAAAUUGGGGUUCAUGUAACAGGAAAACCGGGAUUUAUCUCAUCUCUUAAAAAAGAGCUCUCCCCGUUAGAUUCUUCCAUUGGUACUCUUUGUUAUAUAUUUUGAAUUACUCGCUUUGAGAAAAACCAGUGUAUUUGCAUCCCUUCCCACUCUCUAUUGCAUUAGACAAGCUCCCGUGCCCCAAGUCCCAGGGGGACCAUCCAGGUCACCAUUUGGUGGGGGAGCCCCUUGGUGACGCGAGGGCCUUGCACCGCCGGCUCGGGUUCUUGGUUCAGAUGGCCCGGUGACGCGGGCACACCUGCACUUCCAGAAGGGGGUGGGGCCGUUCUGGUUUGGGUCCGGGUUUUCUGUUACAAGAAGUCCUCACACAAACGCUUGCACACGGCAGGGUGGCCCUCCGUCGUCGCGGUCGGCGCCCCUGGGCGUUGCUCUCGCCCCCUCGAGUGGGCGCACUCGAGAACCACGGUAGCAUCCGGAGGGAGCCGUCGGAGUCCGGGAGACACCCCCCACCCGGCAUUCCGGCGUUGACCCCAGUUGCUGUGUUGCUGUGUGCUGGCUGGAAAAUAGGGUUGAGGUCUGUCCCUCCAGCGGGGGGGGGGGCCGCGUGGGUGCUGCUGUGGACGAUGCCGGUACGGCUGCGGGUCUCUGCCUUUCUGCUCUGGUGCGGUGCGGACGGGCCCGUGGUGCUCGGUGGGCACUCGAAACCGUUCUCUCAGCUUUUGUAAACCGCCGAUCGUUUGCCUUCAGGCUUGCCGGAUGAUUUAUUUUUGAAAGCCACAAAAUGUAGUUUUUCUGGGUGAAUUGUUUUUCUUAAUAUAUGCAGCAAUGUAAUUUUACAUUGAUUGUGGGGUGACUUAAAUUUUAUUUUUUCAAGGCAGUUUUUCAGUCAGAUUCUAUAUUUGAUACACUAUGUGAAGGGUGGACCAGCCACGCGUCAAGCAGUUGGGACACCAGGCAGUCCCCAAGAGCCCUGCGGGGCUGGGACGGCUUCUCUGCCCCCCGGCGCGGAAGCACUUGGCUUGUCUCCGGAGCCUAGGGGCAGUCUCUCGGGUUCCGGGGCAGUUCUUCAGUGGGACUCUGAGCUGUGGGGCAGUUAAAAGGAUUUUCAUGGGCAUUUUCCCACCCCUGCGGCGGCGGCUCCAUCGGCAGGGCCGUGGAGGCUGACCGGAUUCAGACAGUGGACAAUCCCGGUGGCCCAGACAAGCCAUAGCCAUUCCCCUGGGACCUCUCCCUGACUCGUCCCCACACCUGCUCGUGAGAAAAGGAAUGUACGAUGGAGAAGCUUCCUCGGUGUUCGUACGCCUCACUUUCAGAAUGCAGCUGUUCUAGUUCGAUUUUAAAGCCUUCCCCAAAGUAACCCGAUUACCCCUUCCACCUGCCACAGCUGCUGCGGCGAUCGCCAGUGUAGCCACCGUGGGCGUGGCCUUGUCACCAACUGUUGGCGUCACAUGUGCUCCUGACACACUGUGUGUGCAAAAAUUUCCCACUCCAGAUACUCGCACUGAUUCUGGCGGCCCCUUUAAAUCAUGUCCGACCUUGCACCUGCUGUACUUGUUUGGGUGACUGUACACAGGGUGAGGGGCAGUGGCCACGUGGGCACCCGCUGCUUCGCUCCGGCCUCUGCCUCGUCUCUCAGUGCCCCGUGGCAGUGCCGUGGGCGUGGCUCUGCACCUUGGCCUGUGUCUGUCAGCCUGCUCUCGAAGCACCAACCAGCCUCUCCACUCCUUCUUCCGAAAGGCGGUGGGGCCCCGGGAACGGCGUGCACCCCCUGCGGUCUGCACUGUUAAGAGGACUAGUCGUGAGCCCCGGAGCCUCCCUUUGGUGCGUUCGAUGCCUGAUCACUUGCUGCGACUUCCAAGAGCAUUUCCUUCAGCUCCAUCCAGCACCUGACCGUGUGCAGAGCGAGGGCCUGUGUGGCCCGUGCUCAGAGCUGUCAUUUUGAGGCCACGAGGUCACUGUCGUGUCCGACUGUCGCCGGUGUGGAGAGACAUGCGGUCCAGUGUGGUUCCCUUAUGCCUGCGGCGUUCGCUAGCUCAGCAGUGUCUGCCCCACCCCAGUGCGUGGUCCUGUCUGUGGCCAGGAUGCCUGGGGUCAGCCACACGCAGGUUUCUGACACCUGCUCCGCCACCUGGGUGCCUGGCGGUGCUGUGCCGAUGCCGUGCCGAUGCCGUGCCGGGCCCUCAGUGCUUCUCUGGGUGUGCUUUUCCAUGUUACUGUCUCCAGUGAAUGUAUUGGCUCAGCCAAAUCGCUACAGAAGGUGGUUUCUAAUACCUUUUAGUUCAAAAAAGUAGAUGCAGACCGAGGCUACCUCUGAGUUCCCAGUAGAUUUGUUCCCAAAUGUAGCUGUCCACACUGAAGCUAGCCAAAAUGCUGCCCGAAUAAACCGAAUUGUGAACAUCUCUCCGUUCCGUGCUGGCUUGAAAAUUUGCGUGCCAUACUGUGACCACAGACAGUCCCCUCCUCGGGGCUGCCCAGCUCCGAUUUAGGGCCUCAGCGGUCAGCAGGGACGCGGCAGGCGGGCGGGAGCCAGCCUGCUGUCCAGGCUCUCAGGCCCUGUCUGUGGCGGGGCCCAGCUGGUCCUCUGCUGUCCUUUUGAUGGGUUGGAAGUGGCUCCCUGUGUGCCCUCCGUGAACGCCCCCCGGGCGCUUGAACACCGACCCUCCCGCAGAGCAUCCACCUAAAGCAGCCACCAGGGUCAAACAGCAGUGCGGGCACAGCUGACCUUUGACUCAGGCCUUGCGUCCCCAUCGCUCCUGCGUAACACUGACCUGGGCCCACCAGCAGAACGUGCCCUCCAGGGCAAGGCCCUGCGUGCCACUUGGUCACCAGGAACGCACCCCACCCACACACCGCUGUUGCGGGCCCCCCUUUGCAGCCCCUGUGUCUUUUCUCUGGGUCCUUCAGUUCUCACGUCCUCAGAAGAGCAGAUACCUCCCUUGGUUUGCUCUUAAGUUGCAGCGGGGCAGGUGGGGGGUCUCACAGUGACAGGCGUCUGGCUGGGGGCCCUGCUCCCCUGCCGGACACCAGUGGGCGUCGCCACCAUUAGCCCUGCGGUCCAAGCUGGGAUGCUUCUCCUCCCCGCUGCGCACUGUGCUUUCGAAAGGGCUCAGUGUCCUCAGUGGCCGUUCUCAGAGGGCUGAGCCUCUGCCCUCGGCUGCCUGCCCCACGGAGCGCGGCUGCGUUCUCAGCCAGGGUCCCACCCAGGGUGUUUCGAGGACAGCACACAGUGGCCCCUGCUCGGCUUGGUGGUGGGCUGAGGAGCUCAGAUGCCUUCUGUGGCAUGUUCCUGGGGUCAGGGCAGGCCUCCACCGCCGCGCUUGUGCUCGUGAGAGGCAGGGGAGGACCUGCAGAACUGAAGGUUGCUGGUGCUUCUCCUAGCGAAUCUCUUGUACUGGUCGCUGUGAAAACUCAGCCGUGUGAGAUCCUUGACCGCUCCCGGGUGAUGUGACCCAAGGGUGAGCCCUUAUCUCGCCCCACCCCCUUUCCAGGGGCCUGAAUCAGCUUGUUUCCAACCGCCUUGGAUUUAGGCAGCUCAGAGUUGAAGCUAAAACACCACACACAGUCUCCCCCAAGUGACCCUGGGAGCUGGGCGUUGAGGCCGACCUCAUGCAGCACCUUCUGAAUCUUCAAGGCCCUGACACCGUGAGUUGAUCGCAAGAGCAGCCCCUGCCACCGGGCCAGGGGGUGCAGUGCUUGGCUUGUGGGGCGGCUCGUGGGGCAGGGGCUGUGGGAACAGCCCCAGGGGCCAGGCGGAGCUGCUCUGGAAGACCGGCCUCGGCCUCCGUGCCUUUGCGGCCCGGUCCUCGGCCCCCUCAGAGCCACGCCAGGCGGCCUCUUCGCUGGCGAGUGACCCCGCACGUCCCACGAGGCAGUCGCCCACCUCCCACCGUUGACUCGGCUUCUGCUCCUCAGCCUCCGACGCUGUGGGCUGUGACCGUGUGCCUGCCCCAUGUCAGAAAUUCGAGGUGCUGGCCACGGGGCCCCUCCCAUGCCCAGGAAGACCGACCCCAUAGACAGGUACUGGCCGUGACCAUAAGCAGAACCUGGUGGCUUUGUCUGGAGUCACGCAACACAAGUGUCUUGUGUUAUGGAACUGGAGUCUUUCGAAGGGGCUGGCAUCAUGUCUUUGUGCGUGCGAAGCCCUCGGCGGUCGGGGGCUGCCCGCCCCUGCUGUCCGUGUGUGGGGAAGCUCUCGGCGGUGCUGCUCUCGUGGGACACGUGGCAACGGCACUCUCGGGCCUGGUGGCGCCUCGGGCUGUGCAGAGCACCCCAGUUGCAGUCUCUGAAAUGCAGUUUGUACUCUUCGGUUUUCAGGCCAGGUAGCGAGCGCUUUUCACGGCCGAGGGGCUCAUUCCAAAGCACCUUUUCCUGUCACGGGAUGGUUUUAUUGUCUUGAAGUUGGAGAGAUGACCCAGUGUUAUUUAUUUUACAGAUGUGUAGAGAAGCCCCUGGACGGCUCCUCCAGCCCCCCCCCCCCCAGAGUCCCCCGCCCUCCCUUGGAGGUGCCCACUGCCAGGGACGCAACGCAUUCGCAGUCUGGGUUCCUUUCCAGAGCCAAUCAUGCACCUGAAGCCCUGAAAGUACAUAGUUUAGCACUAAAUCGAAAUUCGAAUCCUGAGUUUGAUAGUGGAUUUUAAUGUGGUUGUUGAAGAUGUGGACUCAUGUUUUAUAACUGUAGAGGCAAGUGAGUUUUUACUUUUUAAAGUUUUAAGAGAAUAAUUGUAAGUUUCUGUGUAACGAAGUGGCUAAUUACUCAUCAAAUACAAGAAAAGAAUGUAGCGUCUAAAUCCAGAAUUUUCUUACCUCUGGUACACUUCAUAUUACUUACCUAAUAUGUAUUGAGGGGUUUGCCCCCUGAGUUUUAUCAACUUUUCUAGUUUUAUUUUAUUUUUAUAAAAUAAUUGAAAAAGAACCAAAAAUGAAUUCAAAAGUUACCUAGGUAGAUCUUGCCCCUUGUUAAUUUCCCCCUACAAUGAAACAUUUUAGAAGACAUUUUGAAUCAAAAUGUAUCAAAACCAUUUCAAGUUUACUCUUUUCUAAGAAGCUGAGCAGCUGCGAGGGCCCCGCCCCGUCCUGGGUGGUUCUCCACCUCCUGGACUCGGGCGCGAGCUUCUCCCUGCGCGGCGGUGGUGGGCCCACGCCUCCGAGUCUUGUGCUUGCACUAGAAACCAUGCAGUGCUGUUCUGUAAAUUGACAGUUCCUGAAGAAACUAGCAUUUGUAUCCGUUGGCCUCUCUGUGUAACUCUUCAUUUGCUACGUGAAUUGUAAACUGAAUUUUAAAACUACAGCACCUGCUACAUUCGACUCUGAGGCUUCGCGUCCUUGUCUUGGUUUCCUGCCAUCCUGUGUGUGUGGAGGCUGUCCAGCGCUUGCAUGACGCUAGGUGGCCAUGCCACUUUCAACCGAGCCUUAAUCAGAUGUUCAAUUUGUAAGUUUCAGAGUAUGCAAAAACGUUAGGCAGAGUGAGUGUGAACUGUCCGGGUCAGGAUGCUGCACCCUAACUCGGCGAGUUCUCAGCGAGAACUCUUUUCUCUGGAGUUACAAAGGGAAACUUUUGGUGAUACAUCUCUGUCUCUCCCCUCCCCUCCCUCUCCCCCGCAACCCAUCCCCCCUCACUGCCUGUCGCCCACGCGUGAUGGAGAGGACCGCUGUGCAUUUCUGUGGCAGCCAGUCCGUCAACAGGACCUGUUCUGAAAGUCUUGAGACUUUUUCAGGGUUAUUUUUAAGUGUUUGAAUUUUUUCCCUCCAGUCUGAGAUUUGUUUAUGGCUGAUGGCGAGGAUGACUGGGGCGCAAAUCUUAUUUUCAAACCCGCUCGUGUUCUACGCUUUCUGCAGGCGGUGCCUCCUGCCGUCCCUUCUGCAUACGACUGAGUGAGUUUUUGUUUCUGUAAAAGCAUCUUAAGUUUAGACACACAAUGGAGGGGACCCAGCUUUCUUUACAAUGUGGAUCUACCUCAGUUCAACAGUUGGGUGCUAUUUACGAAGUCUGUCAAAUUAAAUUUGAAAAAGUAACCAAACAGUGAGCUAUAACUCCACGUGAUGCUUGAAUUCAUAAUUUGUUUAUUUAAUAAUAUUUUUAUUUAUUUUGUGCCUUUUAUGUUGAAUCCUAACACAUUGAAAAAAAAUCAGUAUACAAUUAAACAUUGUAGAUUGCAGGCGGGGAGAAAAGCCCAGUUGGCCGCGGCAUUCGCUAGCGUACCCCAGCCCACCCCGACCGUGCGUUGGAACCCCAGCUGCCUUCUUGUGAAAAGGGACACACUGUGUUCCAGAGAGAAUUCAGCAUUUGAUGAGCCGACUCCAAACUCUUCUAUGCAUGUAUUUGUAGCCGUCGCUUCAUUUCCGGUGCCAACGAAGGGGUGGCCAGAAACAACUGUGUCCUCUCGUCACUGCUUCUGUCGCCAUUCGGCCCCCCCUCCCUCUGGCACGUUAAGUUUAUUUCAUACGCAGCAAGCGGGCAGUCGCGGGCCCACCCCUCUGGCCCCCGUGGAGGCGCCCACAGGACCACAGGCAGAGGGCGGGGCCGUGCUCCCCAGUGGCCUCGUCCCGAGUGGUAGGAGAGCUUCCGGCAGCGAGAAGGCAGGGAGAGGCGGGAGGAAGGUGAUGGGUGGUUUUCCGGGCCUUUCUAUUUGGCAGUUUACAAUUCUAGACAUUUCCUACUCUGGCGGUCUUUUUUAUCUCAAUUCUUUGGAGGUAACGCAAUAUUUUGGAGUCUUAAGAAUUUGAUUUUAUACCAAUAAGAAAUAAAACUUAAGGAUCUUUCCUGUAGUAUAUAGUUUUACUAUUUUAAAGAGAUUUCUGAAUUUUACAAGAGAACCAACAUUCCUUAGUGGCAAAACUUCGAAAGUUGAUUGGGGAGGCUUUUAGUGGCAGGAUCUCAAAGCAAUGGGACGGUUCUGGUGGCAGUUUUCCGUUUGACACCCCUCCGGGUCGGUCCUCAGGCCGUUGUGAAGAGCGCGGCACCCUUUGGUGUGCCGCGGCCGAAGUCGGCCUUGCCGCACUUUCUCGGUAAUAAUAAAUGCCUCCGUCGGCUCCCCAGAAGCAUUUGGUUUCUUACCUAACGAGAGUCCUUUGGGGCAGGUCAUUAAAUCUCUGUAGGUACCUCAAGAAAAAGAGCCUGAACAUGCUGCAUUUUGUUUCGUUCGCUUUGAUAUGGGGCAUUUUGUUUUGCUCUUAUUAUUUUGUUUAGAUAUAUGCUUUUUGGACCCCAAUAGACUGUUGAAAGAAGUUUUUAAAUUACCCGUGUAGGGGUACAAUACCCUUUCUUUCUAUUUCCACUCCGCUAUCUGGUUCAAAGGGUGCCCACCAGGAGAACACUCUGCCCAGACACACCCAGGACAAGGCACUGUGUGUAUCAGCAGACGACAGAUGUCCCCAGUCCUUCUGUUCAUGCUGCUUUCUCAACUCCUUUCUCCGUGCUGCCAAGAGGUUGGGCAGCUCGUUUCUAAAGUCAAACUCCAGCACCGUGGCAUCUGAGUUUUCAACACACCUCACACAGUUGCCACCGAGUGAGUAGCCUGACCCUAAAGGCAAUGCAGGCAUCAGGCAGCGGAUGGGGCUGCUCCCCUGAGAGCCAGCCGUCCAGUCUCUUGCUCCCCGGGACUCGCCCGCACGAGCAGGUGGGAGUGGUCUUACCCGCAGAAGGUGAACUGGUGCAGAAAGCCGAGGGCUGAGACACUGAGCAUCUAUCGUGUUUGAGCUUAGCUGGGUCCUUUCGAGUUUGUUUUACAGCUUACUAGGUUGAGUAGUUUGCACUAUUUUUGCAAUAAAUUCAUGGAAACCCUAACAGUUAUUUGUUUUGUUUCUUACUGUGUGUACAUAAACUAAUACUAAAAGUUUGGCAUAGUGUUUUUCACCUCCUUACAUAACCCUUAACAUGCACAGAAUGCUGUAAAUCUGAUAAAAUAUGAUGUGAAUGAUAUUUUAUAAAGUUAUUUUGUAUGGUGUCAAUUUUGUUUUGCCUCAUAGUAUGUCAGCAAAAAUGAAAUAAAAUUCCUCGUAUUUACAGCU